AGAGCAACGUCCUCCGUUUCGUAAACAACAUGGCGCGUCAUGGACACAGUUGGACUUGAGACGUUGCAGUUGACAGCGGAAAUUUUACUAAGACAACACACACAUUCACAGUAAACCGCCAUAAAUCAAAUGCUUCAUCGUUAACAUCAGACUGCAGUAGAAAAGCAGAUAAACGACAGACGUGUAAAAAGGUGCUUGGUCUAUGGGCUCCCAGUCCAGUUCUGGCAUGUCCGGUCGCGGCUCAAGCGGAAACCCGGACCAGUCAGAACCAGAAACGAAUCAAAACCAGGCCACAACCCCGAGGAGCCGCAGGGGAACAGAGAGAGCGUCGGCAUCUGAGGAGGACGUUGAUUUAGCACAAGUACUGGCGUACCUACUGAGGAGGGGCCAGGUGAGGCUGGUCCAUGGCAGUGGGGCGACGGGGUUACAGCUCGUCCAGUCUAUCUCAGACUCGGAUGAGGACAGCGAUGGAGCAUGGGAAGGAAGGCUAGGACAUCGCUACGAUCCUCCAGUGGAUUUGCACCCGGACACUCAGGAGCUGGACCGCAGCGAGAUCCACACUCAGAUCCUAUUAGCCACAGCGUCCUCACGCCUGAGCAGCAAGCACAGCUUCACACACAUGCUUAAUCGGAGGGAGCAGGGUCGCUGCCGUGGAUCCAGUUUCUCUCAUGGAGAAUGCAGCCGUAUUCGCUCACAUUUCCUGCCCAACUACGUGGCCCACAAAGACACUUAUCAGCAGAAAGCAUUUUGUGGGGUGUACAGUGAUGAUGGAAACCUCUUCCUCUCUGCAUGCCAAGAUCAGAAUAUUCGUCUGUACGACACAAGCCAUGGCAGAUUCCACCUGAAGCGUACUGUGAAGGCCCGAGAUGUGGGCUGGAGUGUGUUAGACGUGUGUUUUACGCCUGAUUCCCGCUCGGUUCUCUACUCCAGCUGGUCUGAUUACAUCCAUGUUUGCAGUAUAGAUGGCGAGAGUGAAACACACACCGCUCUGGACCUCAAUCCAGAGGAAAGAAGGUUCUGCGUGUUCUCGCUUGCAGCAUCCACAGACAGCAGAGAGGUUCUAGGCGGAGCAAACGAUGGCUGUCUGUACGUAUUUGACCGUGAGCUGAACAAAAGAACUUUGAAAAUUGAUGCCCACGAAGACGACGUGAAUGCCGUGGCAUUUGCCGAUGCUUCGUCUCAGCUGCUGUUCUCAGGCAGUGACGAUGCGCUGUGUAAAGUGUGGGACAGACGCACACUACGAGAACACUCACCUCAACCAGUAGGGGUGCUGGCAGGUCACAGAGAUGGAAUCACUUUCAUACAUAGCAAGGGUGAUGCCCGGUAUUUGAUCAGUAAUUCAAAGGAUCAGACAAUUAAGCUAUGGGAUGUGAGGAAGUUUUCUCCUAAGGAGGGCCUUGCUGCGUCACGGCUCGCCGUCACUCAGCAAAACUGGGACUACCGGUGGCAGCAGGUCCCACAGAGAGCUUUGAAGAGGCACAAACUGACUGGUGACACGUCAGUGAUGACGUACCGAGGUCACGGCGUUCUUCACACUCUCAUCCGCUGCCGUUUCUCCCCUGAGUUCAGCACAGGACAGAAGUUCAUCUACAGCGGCUGUUCGACGGGGAAAAUCAUCAUUUAUGAUGUUCUGACAGGCCGUGUUGUGUCCAGACUGACGGGUCACGAUGCGUGUGUGAGAGACGUCAGCUGGCACCCAUACCAGGAUAACAUCAUCAGCAGCUCUUGGGACGGUGCAAUCCGCUUGUGGGAGCACAGACACACUCACCUGCUGGACACAGAGAGAGAACGUGCGAGCGAGUGGAGGCCAGAAGAGAAGACGGAGGACAAGUGAACUGGCCGAGACGUGAGAGUGUGUGUGUGUGUGUGUGUGUGUGUGGGUGUGUGUGUGUGGGUGUAAAUCUGAAAUUAUGUAAGUUAUGUAAGUUUUCCUGCUGGCCAAAAGAAUAAAACUGCACAAAAAAAAAACAGGGCGAAAUUCAAGCUCUGUAAUGUUUAUUACACGCACUAUAGAUCUUUUGUUCUUUAUUUUGAAGCUCAGAGUUUCAAAUGCUGUUAAAACUUUAUGCUCAGAGGGUGAAUUUAGACAAAGCAACGUGAUUUACAUCCCACACAGUGAAAAUAGUGAUAAAAAUAAUGAAGAUUAUUAUAUUAUUGCUUUUUGUCUCCAUGUGAGAGAACACAGCUUUAAAAGAAAUAAAUAAAUAAUAAAAAAAGCAUAUGAUAAAACUGACAGCUGUGUUAAAGCUGAAUAACCUAAAAGAUGGUUAUUAGUGUUAAUGUUCGUUAUAAAGGGAAAUGUUAUUUCGGAGUGUAACACGAACGAGUGACGAUUAGAAGUGUGUGUGUGUGUGUGUGUGUGUAUGAGAGAGAGAAUGAGUGUCUGCAUAUAUGUCACCGAUAUUUGUUCCUGUAGCUCUCUUUGUAAAUUAUUAACAAAGUUAAUUAAAAUCCUUUUUCAAUCUUGA